UGAAGCAGACGGCCCAGUGCACAUCGAUAUGUAUCUUAAGGACAGAAAACCUGUAAGUUACAGACUACUAUGCUUCUAAAUCCGGAGAAAAUGUUGAACGGUGAUAUCAGUCUUGCCUCAUCAAAUGCAGGAUGCAUUGCCUUGUUGAAAGCAGUUUCCAUGGGAAAAUUUCGUAUGACAAGGCUUUUGAUAGAAGGGGGUGCCGACGUCAAUGUUCAAAAUGAAGAGGGUCAAACUGCUCUUAUAUUGGUCUGUAUGGCCAAACUGGAUGUCAAGCAAACGGUAAGACUUUUACGUUACCUUUUGCAACAUAAGGCUGACCCAAACAUCAAAGAUAAACGGGGACGGACAGCUUUAAUGUUUGCAUGCAUGAACCAUUUGGAUUACAUAGUCAUUAAAGUUUUACUGCAAGAAGGAUCCAACCCAGUUUUGCGAGACAAUGAUGGAAAGACUGCAAUCAUGUAUGCAGCAGAGAGCAACUAUACCAGUGUUCUUAAUUUACUGGUCAUGGCUUCAAAGAAGAAAGGUCAAGAUGUGGUCAUUGUAGCAGCGCCCAAGUCACCAAUGUCCGAGCUCCUCACUGCCAAUAGGUUCAUGGCAUCAGAAUCCAUGAAAAGCCUAUCGCUGUCGGAGAAAAGUAGUCAGACUCCAGGCCAAAAGUUGGAAUCGGAAUUUAGUCAGCAAAAUGGAAAGGGUGCAGUUGGAGGGUCAACAAAAAGGCCGAAACCUUUGUUGAAACGGAUAAGCAUGCCAAACCUUUGGGUACGAGCAGGAAGUGAUAAAAAGCCGUCAGUCACGCGGCCCACCCCAGAGACAGCAUCUAACUUUGAAGAAAUAAACGAGGAGAGUACAGAUUUAAUGGACGAAGAUCUUGAAACCCUGGAAGAACUGAAUUCCCCGGUAACCCCAGAGAUAUCCAUCGAGGGUGAGACUUGCUGUAAUCAGAAGGUACUGCGAGAGACGCUGAAGAGUACCACCUGUCGGCGUGGCUCUGUGCCGACUGGGCUACCAUCAUCCACGAUGCGCAACCGACAACGCACAUCUCGGUCACCAUUAUCAGAGCCAUUAGAAGAGGACGUUCUUGAUGAAGAAGUGCUAGAUUUAGGCAAAUAUAUACCUAAUGAAAGGCGGCGAGGCUCUCUACCAUCAACACUACCCUCCGAGCGUAAGAGCCCGACACAGUCAACGAGAAAUCGAAGCCCAGCUCCCGGCGAAAGGCCACUAAGUUUAAGCCCUAUUAAUCGCCGGAAACUGGUAAUAGGCCCUGGCGGACGUGUUCUGGAGCGUCGCGGAUCUGGUGCCCAGCUCCUUGACUCUUUGGCUUACACCCGGCCAGGAACACUGCCACCAUUAAAUAUCAAUCCAAACCCACCAAUACCUGAUAUACGCAAGAACGCAUGUAAGUGAGCGGCAGGAAUGUCAUAUGGCUGUUCUCAACCUGCUCGAUACGUUCUGGGAUUAUACAGUGAUGUGCACAUAUUUUCUUUCUUUUUUUUCAGAUAUGAGUGAUGAGACUAAAAAGCUUUAUACAUAGCUUAUGGCAACCGUGAUCAUGUCAAAAAAUAUCCUUAAUCAAACAAUUAGCAAGAAGCUUGUUUUGGAGAACAAAUACAAAGGACGCUCACGAUGAUAUUCUGUGGAUGUUGAUUUAAGGACAACAUAAUCCCACAGAAAAUGCACAUGGACAACACCACGAAACUGAUAUGGAUUAUGAAACAGUCUUGAUUACAUGAAAAAGUUUAACAAUUGUACAUUGUAUUUGCGAAUAUACAUUAUAUAUGAGCAAUUAGUUUUCAGAAACAACCAAAAGGGGAGAUGGAAAAGACUAGAUUAUAACAUUGGCGCCGCAUCAAUAUUUGUAUGUCUUCAAAUGUCAGGAGGCGCUAUGACUGCAACCCAACCUGCGGGAAUAUUCGUCAACACGAUCAAUCGAUGAGAGACAAUUGGUGUGCCCACAGUGUUAUUAAAAACCAUUUCAGUAUUAUGUUUUUUAAAGAAUUGCGGUGGCAGUGUAAAAAUUGAAGUGGCUCAUUUUUUAUACUGGUACUUUUUGUUUUGUAAAUACUAUUCUUAUCAAAAGGACAAAAAAUGGACUUAACUACUUGCACAUAUAUGUGACUUGUUCUUUUGAGUUGGAGACUAGGUUGACUGACAACCCUUUUAGUCUUUUAAGAAUUGAUAUAGAAUGAUAACUUUAAAACUUCUAAACUUAAAGGCAUGUUUUUUGUUGCAUACUCAUAAGACCAUGUCUGUGUGAUGCGUGGCAAAGUUAGAACUGUUUUGUCAAUUCCCUGGACGCUUAACUUGAAAUGAGAUAUGCACGUGGAAGGUCAAAUUAGGACUAUAGUCCUUAUGCAACGAGCACGCAUAAGAUGUGAAGCAGUAUAUACCGAGCAUGGUAUGAAGUAUACUGCACAUUGAACAGACUAUAAAUCUGUGUAUGUACAUAAUAUACGUAUAAGAUGUGAAAUUACUCAAUUGAUGUGCUCAUGAUAAUCCAAUUACCAUAUUCAAUGUAACUUGCAAAGGAAUAACGUUUAAAGGUGACAUUAUACUAUUAAUCGUGCCGCUAUAUUUAUCAAAGUGGCUUCUUGAAAACACUUCAGCUACUGUUGGUGUGUUGAAUACGCCACAUAAUACAUGUUAUUUCUCUCACUAUCAAUACUUGUAACAUUGAUUUUUGUGCUGCGAAGUUGUAAAUCAGAUCGCAUUUCAGUCCUUAAAGUUGAAUAAAAAGCCAGCUUUUGUAAAGGCCAAAUAGAGAAAUUUAAUCUAGGAGAGUUGGGGAUUUGAGGCAAAUCCAGUUAGGUAGAUAAGUAAUAGGAUUUUUUCUGAAAGUAGACACUAGAAUUUGCCAAAGAAGGGAAUUGUCUGCUGAAGGUCAUCCAUAACAUAUAAGGGCUGCAAGACACCAAUUGCAUUAUAUUAUAACAUCAUCAUCAUUAUUAUGAUUAAAUGUCACCUUAUACCGGAUUAAUGCCAGAAAUAUCUUUCCUAUCGGAUACGCCCGAUUAUCACCUUACUACUGCAUUUAUAGCGAUUGAUACCCCUGGCAAAGUGGCAAGUUGACUUCAGAAUAAUGAUUUGACUUUGUGUGUCUUGCAGAAUAACCACAGCGUCACAUGUACACUAUUUUGCUCCAUUGGUAACAGCACUGGUAACAGCCAUGUGUAAUAAGACUUAGGCCUACAUGCUAAAUUAUCAUUUUCUUUAGUUCAUGUGAAGUUAUCAGUUUAAAAAUCGAUUGCCAUUAUUGUCGUAAAUACAAUAUCUAUUCAUGCAAGCAUUGUACAGUCCUACCAAUUGUAAGCAGCCAUUCCAUCGCAAAUAUAGAUACGGAAUAUGGUAUUUAUUUGGUUAAUUUUCAGAAAUUAGUCAACAAUAUUAUGUACAAGUAAUUGACGAUGGUAAUUAGCACAAUUUACGGUUUGCUAUAAUUUUUGUGUGUACACUUUGACGAAUAUAGAAAGGUAUGCUAAAUUUGAAUAUUCUGCUAUACAGGUGUUUGAGAAUAGAUAACACUAUUAAGGUUUAUUUUAUUAAGGCACGUGUAACUGAAAUAGACCUUGGUCUUUGCGUUUGCUGUGUUCUCGCUCGAUUGAUAU